CCAAGGCAUUGCGGUUGCCGGACCGAACAUGGCAACCAAAGGCAAUAAAAGGAAACCAAAACGCACGCCCUUCUCUCUCUAUAUCUUCCUCUCGUUACACUCCCCGCACUUUUGGGUUCUCUCUCUCUCUCUCUCUCGCCCCCUAUAUUUCUGUAGCAGCAGAGGCAGAGCCAUUACCGGACUUUGUUAUCUUCUUCUCACAUACGAUCAGGGUCUCUGUGACAGUUUUAGUUUUGGAUAACACAAUUUACAGCGCUCGGUUAACUGUCAGAAUCGUGAACCUUCGUGAUCUGCAGUUCAUGGUACAUCAACUGCCACUUGGUACGUUACGCUAACCCCUUGUUGGAUUCGACACUGUCCCUUACCUCAAGAGAAUAUGUAUUCAUUAAAUACCCAUGAUAUUUGUAUGCUUGGUUUUCAAUUAAUUUAAAGGUUUAAAAAUCGGUUCUGGGUUCUGUAGUAUCAGCUCUAGAUCUGCAACAGUCUCUGCUGCCGAGAACGGUUCUUGGUUGAAGACCCCUGUUGUAUAACUCAGAGUGCUUUUGAGUUUUAUAAUCUAAAAUGCAAUUUAGGACUUAGGAUUUCCAGUUUUACUGGAAAAGUUGGUAAUUAUCCUAAAUUUUGGAGCUUUUGAAGCUUGUUUGACCCAAAAGGCUGUUUUCGAUUCGGUUUUAGAGAAAACAGAAGACUCAGAAGUUGAGUUGUAGUGUACUUUUGGUAUCACUAUGCAGUCGCGGGUUGUGCCGUUAGAGGAAGGCGAGGAACCCACGCCUAUAAACAGGACAAACCAAUCUAAGCCCUCAACGCUAAGGCCAAUUCGGGUACUUGUGCUGUUUCUGGUUCUGUGUAUUGCCUUUUCUAUCAUUAGUAUACACACAAUUCGGUACUUCGGAAUGAAUAGUGUGGUAACAACGGCUAAGUCCACGUUCCGGCCGUGCUAUGAGGAACCGAGAAGUUUGGAGCAAUGGAUUACGCCACCAUCGAAUUUAAUGCAUAACAUGACUGAUACGGAACUGUUAUGGAGGGCCUCUCUUGUGCCUCGGAUAAAGAAGUAUCCUUUCCAAAGAGUUCGUAAGAUUGCAUUUAUGUUCUUGACUAAGGGGCCAUUGCCACUGGCACCGAUAUGGGAGAGGUUUUUGAAGAGCCAUGAAGGGUUUUACUCAAUAUAUGUUCACUCGCUGCCAUCUUUCCAGGCCAACUUCCCACCUUCAUCAGUUUUUUAUAGGAGACAGAUCCCUAGCCAGGUCUCUGAGUGGGGAAGGAUGAGUAUGUGUGAUGCUGAGAGAAGACUCCUUGCUAAUGCUUUGCUUGAUAUCUCCAACGAAUGGUUCAUUCUCCUGUCUGAAUCAUGCAUUCCUGUCUAUAAUUUCAGUGUCAUCUACCGCUAUGUAAUGAAAUCCAGAUAUAGCUACAUGGGUGCGUUCGAUGAUCAUGGGCCAUUUGGGAGAGGGCGGUAUAAUCCGAACAUGGCACCAGAGGUACAUAUUAACCAGUGGCGUAAAGGAUCUCAAUGGUUCGAAGUUAACCGGAAUCUUGCCAUCAAUAUUGUGGAAGAUACCAUAUUUUACCCCAAAUUCGAACAAUUUUGCAGACCAGCAUGUUACGUAGAUGAGCAUUAUUUCCCCACCAUGCUAACCAUCCGAGCAGGGAAUCUAUUAGCAAAUAGAAGCAUCACUUGGGUGGAUUGGUCGAGGGGUGGUGCUCACCCAGCUACAUUCGGACGAUCAGAUAUCACAAAGGAGUUCUUCAAGAGAAUUUUAGAAGGUCACAACUGCACAUACAAUCAUGGAACCUCUUCAAUUUGUUUCCUAUUUGCAAGAAAAUUUGCUCCAAGUGCCUUGCAACCUCUAUUACAAUUAUUACCAAAGCUUUUGGCCUUCUGACAACAAAAUCCACAAGGAAUGCUUAAUCUUGAAGUGAAUAAUGGAUUAGAUCCGAAAAGGUUCUCCAACAGAGACUGCAAGACUAAAUUCUGUGUCAUACAUGUUGAAUAGUAUCAUAAAUUUGAACUUUAUUUGUAAUAAUAUGUUUUCUUUUUCUCCUUCAUCCAUUGAGCUCUUUAGCAAUGCCACAGUGUAGAACAAUUUUAGAUGUACAAAGACUAGCAUUUAGCAGAAUAUAUACAUUUUUGUAUAGUUAUACUU